GUUGGAUGCAGCGGCUGUCGAUCAGUGGUGGGCGAGUCGGAGUGGGGGAAGAGUUUACGGGGAGAGCGAGUUACUAAGCCCACCGAUACCCGCACUUGUCGGUACCGGUUUCUGCUGUUUCAGGGGCCGUCUGUUUUGGGUUUUGUGGUCCCAUUUGGGAGUAUUUCCCCUCCACCCGGCUGCUGGUGUGCAAUUGGAUUUCCCGGGGCCGGAAGAUGUGCUUGAAAAACACAGCAGAAGUUGAAGGGAUGCGGUGACUUCAGUAUCUGGGACGUCCCUUCCCCCUUGGCCAACCGGUAUCAAAAUGGACGGACUGUACUCACGUCGGACGUGGAUGUGCGCGGCAGAGUCAGUAUGUGCUGCCCAGUCCUGCUUGUCACCGAGAUAAGAUGGCAACCUGCAAGAAUGGCAUAUUUCUUCUCUGCUGGGAUUUAGUGAGGAUGCAACACUGCCAGUUUUAUUAAAGUCUACAUUACUGAAAUUCGUGGAACAUUACGCUGCGUGGGAUCUGGGUACAUUGCUUUGGGACGAUGAAGUUCAGAGCCUGCAUGAAGGUGUGUGUUCUUGCUUUGCUCCCGCUCUCCGGCUUUCUGAUCCUGGCUUUCCGAGAGCCUGCAGGUCGGAGUAAGAAGCCCGGCCUCCUUGCGAGGGACAGCCUCCUGGAGCGGCCGAAAGGCAAGGGAGGAGACCCAACGGGGAGCGCGGGGGUGGACUUUGUGUCCCUGUUCAGUCCGGUCCAGCAACCUCCCCCCUGCCGGCCGUACCAAGACCUGAUGGUACUGGUGACGUCGGCCCCGCUCCACGUUGACCGCCGGGACGCCAUCCGGGGCAGCUGGGCGCGGCGCCGGUUCUCCAGCCCCUUCUCCUGGCAGGUGGUCUUCCUAGUCGGCCGGGCCAGGGAGCAGAGCGCUGAGGCCGCUGUCCAGGAAGAGCAGGAGAUCUUCGGGGACCUUCUGCUCGGUGACUACGUGGACACCUACCGCAACCUGACACUAAAGGUCAUGCACGGGCUGAGCUGGGCCACCAGCGCCUGCCGACCCUCCUACAUCCUGAAGACCGACGACGACUGCUUCGUGAACACUGACCUUCUGCCCGGCUUCCUGGUGAGGGACAACCCGAUUAGGACGGGGCUCUACACAGGAUCGCUGUUCCCGGCCGAGCGCAGAGAUGUGAUCCGCGACCCCGGCAGUAAGUGGUACGUGUCGCGGCAGGACUACGGGAGGAAGCGCUACCCGCCCUAUGCCAGCGGGGUGGGCUACGUGCUCUCCCUGGAUGCCGCCCGCGAUCUGCUGGCGGCCGCCACCUCCAUCCGGCCCAUCCCCGUGGAGGACGCGUACGUCGGUAUCCUGGCGGAGGCGGCCGGCAUCACCGCGCAGGACAGUGGACGCUUCACCAAGCACAAUAUGAGCUGGCGGGUGUGCAACUACAGGUAUCUGAUGGUGAUCCAUCAGCUCAGCGCCCAGCAACAGCGCCUGGCCCACAGCAAGAUGGUGCAGGCGUGGACGGCGUGUCCCCACAGCACUGACAUCACCAACUGGGACUGAAGGUGGCUGGCUCACAAAGUGGUCGGGUGGAAGGGAACCGUAACUUCCCUGUUAUGGGACUAUUAAAUGGUUCCUUAUUAUGAUAAUAGGGGCUCUUGUCCUCACCAUCUGAUCAGCCAGUCCUGUUGGAGAGUCUCGGCCUGAAACGCCGGCUGUUCAUCCUGCUGAGUUCCUCUAGCAUCUUGUGUGCGCUGCUCUGGAUUUCCCGCAUAUAAGAACGCAAUAAUAAAGCACUCUACAAGAUAGCUCAUAUUCAUUUAUUCCAUGUCCAUAAAGUGACGCUAGGC